AUGGCCAAGAGGAGGGUGACAUGGAACACCUUGCUGCUGACUAUAGUCGUGACCUCUCACCUAAACACAGCUGGUACAGAUCAAUGCAUGGGGGGCAGCAACAUCUUCACAGAGAUCCCAGAAAACAGCCCCAAUGGCUCCUUCGUGGCCAACCUGACAGACUUUGGGGACCCACGGACCAGCGGCUUGCAGCUCUACCUAAGUGGCCCCGACUCCCACUGGUUCUACCUGGAGGGGAAGACAAUUCGUCUGAAUGUUUCCACAGAGAAGACCCUGGACCGAGAGGCUUUGAAUCCUCCUGUUCUGGUAGUAACCCUGUUCUGUUCUGAAGACAGCUUCCCCACGGUGGAGUACAGGGUCAUCAUACAGGUGCUCAAUGAGAACGACCACCGGCCCCGCUUCCAAGAAGAUCCGCUUCUUCCCCAGAACAUCAGUGAGCUGGCAGCCCUCCACUCCGUGGUAUUUACAACACUAGCAGAAGACGGUGAUGGGGACUCCCUCCUGUAUUCCAUCGACAACACGUCUCCUGAUGCUGUGCACUUCCGCAUUGACCUGCCCAACAGCGGGAGGGUGGUCCUGGCACAGCCGCUGGACUUUGAGACCAAACACAGACUCGAAGUGGUGAUCCAUGCCACGGAGACGAGUACCAGGGAACGAUACAAGUGCACCACCACUGUCCACAUCAAUGUCCUGGACGGAGAUGACCAGUACCCAAGCUUCCUGCCCUGCCGCCCCCUGGGACCUCAGAACUCCCAUGUCUGCCUAAGCCCCAUUUACACAGUCAACAUCACGGAGGGAGAGACCCCAGAAGGGCCUUUACGCUUUCAGCCUGGAGAUAUCUAUGCAGAAGAUGGAGAUCAUGACCUCAAGGCUGCUAUUUCCUAUUCCAUCCUUACAGGGGCAGAUGGUGACCGUUUUCAUAUGGAUAACACCACAGGGGCCCUAACCAUGCAAAAAGAGGCUCCCAGCAGCCAGCUCACGUCUGCCUUCCACCUCACUGUGAUGGCAGCCCAGGUGAAUGACCCCAGAAAGUAUGCUGUGUCAGAGGUGCUGGUGAGGGUACUGGCUGUCAACCAUCAUCCACCCCGCUUCUCCUUGCCCCACCAUACUGCCUUUGUGUUCGAGAGUCCGGAUACUGCCACCCUUCUGGUCACCUAUGGUGGGCAGGUCCUUUCUCUCCAUGCAGUGGACCCUGACUUCCCCAAUGGAAUUAAUCCAAACUUGUGGUACAAGCUAGUGUCUGAAGGCAAUCACUCCCAGCUUUUCUCUGUCACAAGAGAUGGACUGCUCCUCGCAAGGCCAAAUCAGCUCCAGGCCCAGGAGACCUACCUGCUGCAGGUGAUUGCUCAGGAUGCAGAAUCUGGGGAGGUGGCCAAUACCACUGCUGGUGUGGAGGUGCUGCCCUUGGGCCAAGCAGUUCCUCCAGAUCCUUCAGAGUUGUCCUCAUCCCCAAAUAUGGCUGACAGGGUGGUAGUGGUGGGCAGCCUGUCCCUGGCAGGGCUAUUUCUGGUGACCGGAUUUAGUCUGGGCAUUUGGGCACUGAGAAGGUGGCGGCAGCACCAGGAGUGCUCCAAGCAGACAGCGCUAGCUGAUGAAAAGCAUCCCAAUGUGAUGCUUUCCCAAGUCUCCACUAACCUAAUGGAUCAAGCCAAAAAUGGAAAGUCGGGUCCAAACCCAGGGAUAUUUUGCUUCCAGAACAAAGGCAAUAAUGAACCUACGGCCCCAACAGGCAAAGGAUCCAGAGGAAGAAGAGCUCAAAGUACUGGAGCCAAGGGUCCCUUGCUUUCCACUAGUGGAGAGGAUGAAAGAUUUGGACCCAAGGUGAAAACUUUUCCUAAUGGCAAGAUUCCAAAGCCUGUCAUGAGUUUGGAGGCUGUGUGGUCCCAAGAGCCAUCCCAGAUGUGCACAGAGAAUACAGACACCAUAACUGGCAGUGAGGUCAUGCCAUGUCAGGGGAAAAGGACAGGGGAAGAUCACCCUCAGAAGUCUGAAGAAGAGACACUGAUGGGAGGGAACAGAAGGCCCCAGGGCCCCUUAGUGGACUCGGCUGCCCGGUGGGUGCCCCAAGGGGAAGGUGGAGGCGGGGGCGGGGGCGGUGCCAUACGGAAGUGGCGGGAGGGCGGGAGAGCUGGCCGGCCGGCCGGCGGUCUGAGGAGGAAGGCGGAGGAGGCACUCCAAUUGAAGCUAAUUUCGGCCCGAGGUCCAGGAGCGCAGGGAUUCUGGGCCUGGGGUCGGCGGCGCACUCGCGCGCCUGCCCGUUCACCUGCCCAGAGCCACGGACGAUGCCGCUCUCUGUGA